AUGGCCAGGCUCGCGGACUACUUUGUGGUUGUGGGUUACGACCUCGACAAACGAGAGGGAGAGGGCCAGGGCCGAAUCCUGCAGAGGUUUCCAGAGAAGGACUGGGAGGACAGCCCCUUCCCCCAGGGCAUCGAGCUGGUGUGUGUGUUGUGUGUGUGUGUGCAGCUGCAGAAGUGUGAGUCGAGGGAAGCGGACGAGGCAGAUGAGGAUCCGCAGGUUUCUCACACGGAGAGACUGUUCGGACCCAAGAGUCUGGUCCUGGUGUCACGACUCGACCACACAGAGGUCUUCAGGAACUGUCUGAGCCUGGUGUACACGGUUCAUGUGGAGCGCCUCUCUGUUCCUCUGGAGACCGUGGUGGGAAACCUGCUCACCUGCGUCAUCCCCAUCGCCGGAGGAGCUCAGAGUGACGACUCCUCUUGUAGUUUAGACUCUCUGUCCUGUGACUGGCUGCUCACCUGUCUCCAGCCGGAGCCGGAGGAGAGAGAGGAGAGUUUGAGGACCAUCACGCUCGGCGCCGGGGACAGGCAGGUGAUCCAGACGCCUGUCACGGACUCGCUCCCCGUCAGCGGCAGCAGCGUCGCUCAGCUCUUCAGACAACUCGGUAUCGUGAACGUGCUCUGUCUGUUCUGUGCGGCUCUGACUGAACAUAAGAUCCUGUUUUUGUCGAGUAGUUAUCAGAGGCUGACGGACGCGUGCAGAGGGCUUCUGUCCAUCAUGUUCCCGCUCAAAUACAGUUUCACGUACGUCCCCAUUCUUCCCGGUAAACUUCUGGAGGUCCUGAGCACGCCCACCCCCUUCAUCAUCGGAGUCAACUCUUUCUUCAAAUCUGAGACGCAAGAACUGUUGGACGUGAUCAUCGCUGACCUGGACGGUGGAACAGUGACGAUCCCCGAGUGCGUCCACAUCUCUCUCCUGCCUGAACCUCUGCUGCAGCAAACACAGACUCUGCUCUCGAUGGUUUUGGACCCAGAGUUGGAAGUCGCUGACCACGCCUUUCCCCCAGUCUGCAACCAGCCCUCCUCACUAAAAAUACAGGACAAAGAGAUCCGUGCCGUGUUCCUGUGGCUCUUCGCUCGCCUCUUUCGGGGAUAUCGAUGGUGUUUACACAUAAUCCGCAUCCACCCUGAGCCCGUCAUCCGCUUCCACAAGGCUGCGUUCUUGGGUAAAAGAGCUCUGUCUGAGGACGACUUCCUGAUGAAGGUUCUGGAUGGAAUGGCCUUCGCCGGGUUUGUGUCUGAGCGAGGACCUCCCUACAGAACCACGGACCUGUUCGACGAUCUCAUGGCCAAUCAGGUGGAGAGGAUUCGACAGGCGGAGGGCGACCCCCACAGAACCAUGAACCACAUCAAGGAACUGGCAGAACAUCUCUUUAAAAACGAGAACCCGUACCCCACCGUGUCAAUGCACAAACUGCAGCGUCCGUCAGAAAACGCCCAGACUCCGCACUCCCCGUUCCCGCCGCUGGACGACGUGGCCGUUCAGCUCUUCGUGGACCACGCUGCUGCUAAACUCAAGACGGCGCCCCCUGUGGUGAAGGCCGAGGUCAAGGCCAUGGUGCCCUCCGGACCUCCUCUGGGCGACACGGUGGACCGGAACAGUCACGUGAUGGCGAACAGCGCCCGCAGACUGGAGGUGGUCAGAAACUGCAUCACCUACAUCUUCGAGAACAAGAUGCUGGAGGCCAAGAAGCUGAUGCCUGCCGUGCUGCGAGCGCUCAAAGGCCGAGCUGCUCGUGUGUGUCUCACUCAGGAGUUAAACCAACACGUCCUUCAGAACAGAGCUGUUCUAGACGACCAGCAGUUUGAUUACAUCGUCCGCAUGAUGAACUGCACUCUACAGGACUGCUCUCACAUGGACGAACACGGCAUCGCUGCUGCUCUGCUCCCUCUGGUCACGGCCUUCUGCAGAAAGCUGGGCGCAGGGAUCACACAGUUCGCCUACAGCUGCGUCCAGGAGCACACGGUCUGGACCAACAUGCAGUUCUGGGAGGCCAUGUUCUACAGCGACGUUCAGAACCACAUCCGGGCUCUGUACCUGGAGAGCGAAGAGGAGCAGGGCAACCACGAGCAGGAGGGCGAGGACGGCAGGCGGGAGCUGAGCGCGCUGGAGCUGGCGUCGGAGCAGAACCGUCUGUGGCCGACUCUGAGUAAAGAGCUUCAGACUGAGCGCGUGCAGAAGGAGGAGAGCACCGUGUUCAGUCAGGCCAUCCACUACGCCAACCGCAUGAGCUACCUCCUCCUGCCCCUGGACACCAGCAAGAACCGACUACUGCGGAGCUCCGGCCUCGGCGACGUGGAGAGCGUCAGCAACAGCUACGUCACAAACAGUAUCGCGGGCAGCAUGGCGGAGAGCUACGACACGGAGAGCGGCUUUGAGGACGCAGAGAGCUCAGACGUGGCCAACUCUGUGGUCAGGUUCAUCAACAGAUUUGUGGACAAAGUCUGCAACGAGAGCGGAGUCACCAACGAGCACCUGAAGGCCCUGCACGCCAUGAUCCCAGACAUUGUUCAGAUGCACAUAGAGACUCUGGACGCCGUGCACAGGGAGAGCAAGCGCCUGCCCCCCAUCCAAAAGCCGAAGUUGCUGCGUCCGACGCUGCUGCCCGGGGAGGAGCUGGUGAUGGAGGGCAUGAGGGUGCAUCUGGUGCCCGACGGGCGAGAGGAGGCCACGGGGACGAUGGGAGGACCUCCCCUGCUGCCGGCAGAGGGCGCAAUCUUCCUCACCACGUACAGGCUGAUCUUCAGAGGAACACCUACUGAUCCUCUGGUGGGGGAGCAGGUGGUGACUCGUUCUUUCCCCGUCGCGUCGCUCACUAAAGAGAAGAGGAUCUCUGUGUCUUUGCCCAUGGACCAGUUUGUGCAGGAGGGACUGCAGCUGCGCUCCUGCACGUUUCAGCUGCUGAAGAUCGCGUUCGAUGAGGAGGUGGCCUCGGACUUGGCUGAAGUGUUCAGGAAGCACAUGCACAAGCUGCGUUACCCUCCUCACGUCCAGGGCACCUUCGCCUUCACCGUGGGUCAGAGCGGGAAGCUGGUGGUGGAGCACAAAGCCAAGGACAAGAACCAGUCCCUCAAAACUUUGUCCAAAAACCUGGUGAAAAGUGCCAAGCGGACGAUCGGGCGACAGUACGUGACCAGGAAGAAGUACGCCCCUCCCACCUGGGAAAACCGCGGCAGCUUCCAGUCCGAGCUCGACGAGGACGAGAUCUCAGUCUCCGAGGAGGUGGAGCCGACCGCCAUGACCCUCUCCUCCACCAUCCGCUCCUCGGACAGACAGACCAUGAGCAACGCCGUGGAGCGGGCCUGCUGCAGAGACUACCAGAGGCUCGGACUGGGCACGCUCAGCAACAGCCUCACGCGCUCCAAAAACGAACCCUUCAGGAUCAGCACGGUCAACCGCAUGUACACCGUCUGCAGGAGUUACCCCGGGCUGCUGAUCGUGCCUCAGUCCAUCCCGGACCAGAGCCUCCAGAGGAUCUCCAGAUGUUACAGACAGUCCCGUUUCCCCGUGGUCUGCUGGAGGAACACUCGCACUAAAGCCGUGUUACUGCGCUCCGCCGGGCUCCACGCCAAAGGGGUCGUGGGCUUCUUCAAGUCGCCCAACGCUCCAGCCGCAGUCCCGUCUCAGGCCGACUCCACCAGUCUGGAGCAGGAGAAGUACCUCCAGGCCAUCAUCAGCUCCAUGCCCUCGUACAGCGAGAACAACGGGAGAAAUACGCUGAGCGGGUUCACCUCUGCACAAAUGAACUCCUCAGAUUUGUCGGACAGAUUACGGCCGGCGAAGCUCGGAGCUUUGUUCAAACAGGUGGCGGGAGGUAAAGAGGACGCCCCCGGAACCUUCAGUCGAGGAGCUCUGGGUCAAAGGGCGAAGGUCAUCUCUCUGUCUCAGCCCAAAGUGUCGACAAAAGGCAAGAGCAGUCCGCGAGGUAAAUGGGGCAGUAUCCGGGGCAGUGGGCGACUCAGCGCGUAUAACCCGGACGUGGGCACUCGUCUGGCGGGCAAAGAGUCUCCGCAGCCCAACGGAGCUCUGACCGAAGCGCUGUUCCUCCGCCAGCAGAGGGCGUUCCUCUACAUCAUCGGGGACAAGGCUCAGCUCAAGGGGGGUAAGCAGGACUCGUUCCAGCAGUGGGAGGUGGUGCCCAUCGAGGUGUGUGACGUUCGACAGGUGAAGAACAGUUUUAAGAAGCUGAUGAAGGCCUGUGUGCCGAGCUCCUCCUCCACAGACCCAAACAUGAGCUUCCUGCGCAGCCUGGAGGACUCCGAGUGGAUGAGUCUGCUGCACAGGGUCCUGCAGGUGUCUGUGCUGGUGGUGGAGCUUUUAGACGCUGGUUCCUCUGUGAUGGUGAGCCUGGAGGACGGCUGGGACGUGACCACGCAGGUGGUGUCGCUGGUGCAGCUGCUCUCGGACCCGUAUUACCGCACUCUGGACGGGUUCCGGCUGCUGGUGGAGAAGGACUGGCUGUCGUUCGGACAUCGCUUCAGUCACAGAGGAGCUCAGACUCUGGCGUCUCAGAGCAGCGGCUUCACUCCGGUGUUUCUGCAGUUCCUCGACUGUGUGCAUCAGAUCCACCUGCAGUUCCCCAUGGAGUUUGAGUUCAGUCAGUAUUACCUCAAGUUUCUGGCCUAUCACUACGUCUCCAACCGCUUCAGGACGUUUCUGCUGGACUCAGACUACGAGCUGGGAGUGUUGUACGAGGAGAAGGGAGACCGGCGGCCUCCUCAGGUCUGUAAGUCGGUGUGGGAUUACAUCGACCGACUCAACAAGAAAACUCCAGUCUUCUACAACUACAUGUUCGCACCAGAGGACGACGAGGUUCUGCGUCCGUACACGUUCAUCUCUAACCUGAAGGUGUGGGACUUCUACACGGAGGAGACUCUGUCCGAGGGGCCGCCGUACGACUGGGAGCUCCGCCCGCAGAGACCAGACAAAGUCCAGGACGAGAACCCGGACAAGACCGAGUCCGGACCCAAGUCCCUGCGGCGCGUGGUCUGGCCCUGCUACGACAGUCUGAGCAAAGUCCUGCCAGACUCCAUCAGCAAACUGCUCCAGGACCUGCAGAGUCUGGAGACGGAGCUCGGAGUGAACCCCGAGAAGUGGAAGGACACGUGGGACAAACUGAAGGCGGCGCAGAGACAAGACGGAAAACUGGAGAGCAAGCCGUCCUUCUCCAGCUCUCUGCUCAUGUCGUCCAACCUGGGCCACCAGAGGCGCUGUCAGACGGUUUACCUGCAGGACAGCCCCUCCUCCCUCACGCUGGGCUUAGACUGCGAAGCCUCCGCCACCUCCACCCCCACCCAAGGGCGACAGAGCACCAGCGCCCUCUACAGCCAGUUCCAGAGCAGCGAGAGCGAGAACAGGAGUUUUGAAGGAAUCCUGUUUAAGAAAGGAGCUCUGCUGAAGCCGUGGAGACCGCGAUGGUUCGUCCUGGACAAAACAAAACACCAGCUGCGUUACUACGAGGCGCGUCAGGAUAAGGAGUGUAAAGGCGUGAUCGAUCUCGCCGAGGUGGAGACGGUUGUCGUGGCGACGCCGACGAUGGGAGCGCCCAAAAACGUGGAGGAGAAAGCCUUUUUCGACUUGAAGACGACGCGGCGCGUGUAUAACUUCUGUGCACAGGACUCUUUCCUGGCGUCUCAGUGGAUCGAGGCCAUUCAGAACUGUCUCUCUGACGCGUGAAAAACAAAAGGACUUCACCCACGAAGCCGAAAUACGAGACCGACAGACUCUGAGAAGCUUCGAGCCACGAGCGACGCCGCGACUCUUCAGUGUUUCAGACAAAAGACGAGGGAAAGUCGACAAAAAGAAACGUUUAAUAUGGACCACGCAGGGUUUGUCCAGAUCCUCCAGCUGACACCGAGAAAACGAGGGAGGAAUGACGGAUAGACGCCGAAACGGAGGAGGACGAGGAGGAGGACGAGGACGAGGAGGAGGAGGAGAGAUGUUGAUGGACCAAACACGAUGCCUCUGAACUGCCUGUGUGCGUUUUUGAAAUGAGGAGGUGCGAAACCAGGACCAAGAUCGAGCGCUGCGAUUGGUUUAGAAAAGGUGAAAGUGUUUGGUUUGGAGGAGACGGGAGCAAAGGUCAAAUGUGAAUCAAAACCAGGACUAAACCGGGACUAAACCAGGACUAGAUUACGUUCAGUUUGUUGUAAAGAAGACCUAUUCUUGGACUAAACCAGGACUAAAGCAGGAGUAAACCAGAAGUGUGUCUCAAAGAAAAUAUCAGGCUUAAUUUCGGAUUAAAUUGGGUCCAAACCAGGUCUAAACCAGGUCUAAACCAGGUCUAGAUUUCUUUACAGUGCAAGUGUAUCUCAAAGAUGAUGUCAGACUUUACCUUGGACUAAACCAGGUCUAAACCGAGGACUAAACCUGGACUAAAGCAGUGGAAGUGAGUCUGAAAGAAGUUAACAGACCUAACCUCAAACUAAACCAGGACUAAACCUGGACUAAACCAGAAGUGUGUCUCAAAGAAAACCUCAGACUUAACCAGGUCCAAACUAGGUCCAAACCAGGUCUAAACCAGGUCUAAACCAGGUGUAGAUUUCUUUCAGUCCAAGUUUAUCUCAAAGAAGAUACUGGACCUUGGCCUAAACCAGGUCUAAAGUAGGUCCAAACUAGGUCCAAACCAGGUCUAAACUCGGUCCAAAACUGGACUAAAUCAGUGCAAGUGAAUCUGAAAUAAGAUACCAGACCUAAACCUCAAACUAAACCAGGACUAAACCUGGACUAAACCAGGAUCUUCUCACUGCAAGACUCUUGAAUAAACCCGGACUCCAUCAGGACUCGGACUCCUGCAGAUCUUGAGCCUUUUCAUGGACCAAAAAUAACUUUGAACAGUUUAAAUUUUCUGUGUAUUUUCAUGUUUGACGUGAGGCUCCCGUCUGCUCCUCCAAACCUGUUUCACGUGGAGCUCAACAGCGCCCCCUGUGCCCAAACCUAACACCCCCUCGCUCACUUUCCCCACAGACUUUUACAAAGAUUCACAUUUCUAAAGUUUAAAACACUGACAGUUUCUCAAAUACUGACAAUUUAUAACGUUUACAUUGUAGAUUUUUUAAAAGUCAUCACUUUUAUUCUGCUCAAAUUACCUCAAAGCUGAAAUAUUUUUUUCGAUUACAAAUAAUGACAUUCAGACAUAAUUUUUAAUCGCAAUUAAUUUAAAAAUUACUUAAACCUUUUUACAGGCAAGUUUUCACAACAAAAUUUACCACAAAAAUGCAGAAGUUUUUCACUUUUAAACCUGAUUUUGAAAUUAAAAUUCACAGAAAUUUUGUAUUUUUUUGCCAUUUUUAAUUUAAUAAAAAUUGCAGUAUUAUAUAUUAUCAAGACGUUUAUUACAUCUUAAAGCUUCACUGCGUAACUUUUCUGGUGGAGGGUCUGCCGGCCGCUCGUCUCCAUGGAGAUGACUCAUCCAGCUUUGCCUGAAAUGUUCCACAGUGUGACCCCCGAACCCGCGUGUCCCGCAUGUGUUUAUGAUCACGAACACGCACACGGGGGUCGCCUCUCCGCAGAUCUGAACCGUAACCUGCUCGCCUGCUCGUCAUAGCAACAGUCCUCCGUCAGAAAAGUUCCACAGUGCAGCUUUAAUAUGAAUCUGGUCUCUGUUCUAAUGUGGUUUCCUCGUCACAAACAGAACCGGAGUUGUGUUUUUUUUGUUUCGUUCUCACACGUUUAACUCACAAACCUGCAGAUUCAGACCGAGAAAACACUCUGUUCCACCUCGUGAUGUCAUCUGGUGAUACAGGGAGUAGGGUCGGGUAUUAAGAAGUUGUCGAUACGAUACAUGAGUGAAAAAUCCCCAGGAAGAAUCCACGGCAAAAAGGGAAAUGAUACAGUAUCGAUAUCGUGGGCUGCUGUAUCGAUAUAUCGCCAAGAGGAUUUGUAGGUUUAUUUUACGAAAUUAUUUUGUGUAAGAGCUACAAAUGUGUUGACACCUUCACCGUUUUGAGUUUUUCAUCUUAACUUUGCACAAACUUUAAUAUUUUAAAAGUUUAAUAAGACUUUUAGUAUCAGAGCCAUGAUUUAGUCUUUGUUUUUUACUGAACCGUAUCGAAUCGUAUUGAAUGGAAAGCUCAGUGUAUUGAAAAGUAUCGUAUCGUAUCGUGGUCAGAGAAGUUUCCACCAGCGUCUGACCAGAACUGAAGAAGCAGCUUGGACGACCUGAGAAACGUUUCCAACCAAAUAAAUUUUUGUCCAGUCGAGAAAUUGAAUAUUCCCUUUCCCAUGAUCCGAUACAGACGUCGAUACACAGGCCACGAUACGAUACCUUUCAAUACACUGAGCUUUCGAUUCAAUAUGAUUCGAUACUG